AUGGAGGCGUCGGUAAGUACGCAAAUGAAUGAAUAUAUUUGCAUUAUUUAUUGUCAAUUGUCAAAUAGACUUGAAUUGUGAUGAAUUUAAAAUACAGGUUAACUAUUGCUGUUGUAAAAGCUCGUGUUCAACAAAAAGAAAAGAAAAUUCUAGCAGAGGUUGCCCGUGCAAGGGGAAAAACUUGCAGUGCUCUGUUGACUGCAAGUGUGGAACUCGCAAUAAACCUUGCAAGAAUAAGGUAUGUUUCAAUGUUUGUCCAUAAAAAUGUAUUUAAUUUUUAUUCUUUCCUAAUUUUAACAAUAUUAUGUUAAUAUUGUUAUGAGGAAAGAUCUUUUAUGAGGAUUUUUUGUGGUUACAGGGAGAUACAGAAGAAAAUAGAGUGCGUGAAAGAUCAGCAAUUCGAUCAAGGGACGGAUUUCGUGGUUUAUCGCAAUCGAAUGUAAAUGAAACUGAAGAUCAGCAAAGAGAAAAAGAACACAAUGAUGUCAAGGUAUUUUUCUUUUGAAUUUCUGAAUAUUCUGCACUAUUGGAGUCAGCCCUUAACUGUCUUUAAUACAUAACAUUACAGCAAUAUAAUAUACAAACAUUUUCAAGGCCUUAUCACAUGACCCCUCUGUAAAAAAUGAGAAAACAUUGCUGAGAGAAAUUUGCAUGAGUGAAUCAUUACAUGUUCAUAUUACCAGCUUGCAUUGUUGAGAUUUUGAGCGUCUUGAUAGGGUCAUGGACAACAACUGCCUACAGUGAGGCUCAUUGUACUGAAGGAUGGUUUUAAUAGUGGAAAUGGGGCUUAUGAUUUAGCUAGUAGGUACUUAGUGUACAUACAAAUGCAGUGUAUGAGGGGCAUUUUAGGUUUUGGGACUUGGGCGGGAGCUCCCCCUUCCAAAUUUCAGGGUCUUUUUUAUUUGGGGGGAAUUUCCCCUCCUAUAGUCACAUACCCAGACAUAAUUUCCUAUGCUCACCUAUUUCCAUUUUAUCACUAUGGGAACAGGGGCGGAUUCAUUAUAGAAUAAUUACCCAUCUAGAAUUGUUAUAAAUGUUGGCUAUAGCUAGUAAAUAUCACUUUUUAUUAUAUUUUUAAUAUCAUAUUUUUAAAUCUGCAGACAUUAAUUUACUCGCUUGACGAUACAACAGUACGAAAGUUGGCAAUAAGGAGUUUGAGGAGAGGAAUAGGAAGUAUGGAUUACAUAGACACUUUACUGAUUGCAGAGGACGAUCUGGAUACAAAUGAUAACACAGAAGAGGUUUUGGAUGAUUUUAGUGAUGAGACAGAGGGUACAAGUGGAACAAGUCAUCAAAACUCAACAGGAAAUCUUGAAGCUGCCCCUUCAUGGUGUGUCUGCUCAAAUUGUAGCCCAAUGCCUCAAGAAAUAGAGAACAAAUGUUGCAAAUUGAAAAGUGUAUAA